AUGGAAGAAACUAUGGUGCCAAGCAUUAUAAUCUGUAACACGAUCAUGCUAGUGCUGGCCUCCACUGGAGUUUUUGUCAAGCUUCUAAUGCUAGGCCAUCCUCAAAAUCUUCACAUCGAUGAUGUGACUAGAUACGGAUACGGUAAACACAUCGAAGCAGUUGGAGCAGACAUACCUGCGAUGUCUAUGUUUUUAAAGCUUAUCGUCGUGGCUGCUAUUUCCUAUCUCAUUGCAAUGACUGCAAUCCAGGUUUCAUUCUGCUUACUAUAUAAACGACUCUUUGCGGUGACACAUGUCGGCUGGGCUUAUUGGUUUCUUAUAACCAUUGUGGUAGUGCAGUUUACGGAAGAAAUUCUCAGUCUGUGCUACCAGCAUCAUCCGAGCCACUUACCUGAGACGCUUCCAAGUUGA